UUCGCGCCCAGCCGGCGUGGAGGACCCGCCCUCGAUGAUUUGCACCAAUCCGAAGCAGACCUUCCAUUCUAGGCCCCGCCCACUCCCGGCCCACCAAUCACGAAGCUCUUGCGGCCGGCUCCAGGAUGACGGACCUCCCACCAGCCUAUUUCAGCCACCUCGUCGUCCUGGCCUUGGUACUGUUGGAAAACCAAUUCGACUGUUAGCCAAUCAUUUUCAGGUUCAGAUUCCUAAAAUAGAUGUGUAUCACUAUGAUGUGGACAUUAAGCCAGAAAAACGGCCUCGCAGAGUGAACAGGGAGGUAGUAGAUACAAUGGUGCGGCACUUCAAGAUGCAGAUAUUUGGUGACCGGCAGCCUGGCUAUGAUGGCAAAAGAAACAUGUACACAGCACAUCCCCUGCCAAUUGGACGGGACAGGGUUGACAUGGAGGUGACCCUUCCAGGUGAGGGUAAAGACCAAACCUUUAAAGUGUCUGUUCAGUGGGUGUCAGUUGUGAGCCUUCAGUUGCUUUUAGAAGCUUUGGCUGGGCACUUGAGUGAAGUCCCCGAUGACUCAGUACAAGCACUUGAUGUUAUCACAAGACACCUUCCCUCCAUGAGGUACACUCCAGUGGGCCGUUCCUUUUUCUCACCUCCUGAAGGUUACUAUCACCCUCUGGGAGGGGGCAGAGAGGUCUGGUUUGGCUUUCAUCAGUCCGUGAGACCUGCCAUGUGGAAUAUGAUGCUCAACAUUGAUGUCUCUGCAACUGCUUUCUACCGGGCUCAGCCCAUCAUUGAAUUCAUGUGUGAGGUUUUAGACAUACAGAACAUCAAUGAGCAGACCAAACCUUUGACAGACUCCCAACGUGUCAAGUUUACCAAAGAGAUCAGAGGUCUCAAGGUUGAAGUGACCCAUUGUGGACAGAUGAAACGAAAAUAUCGAGUUUGUAAUGUGACCAGAAGGCCAGCCAGUCAUCAAACUUUUCCUUUACAGCUAGAAAAUGGGCAAGCUAUGGAAUGUACAGUAGCUCAAUAUUUUAAGCAAAAGUAUAGUCUGCAGCUGAAAUACCCGCAUCUUCCCUGUCUCCAAGUGGGACAAGAGCAAAAGCAUACAUACUUGCCACUUGAGGUGUGUAACAUAGUGGCAGGACAGCGAUGUAUCAAGAAGCUCACAGACAAUCAGACUUCCACGAUGAUCAAAGCCACAGCCAGAUCUGCUCCUGACAGACAGGAAGAAAUCAGUAGACUGGUGAAGAGUAACAGCAUGGUAGGAGGUCCUGACCCUUACCUUAAAGAAUUUGGUAUCGUUGUCCACAAUGAAAUGACAGAGCUCACAGGCAGGGUGCUUCCAGCACCAAUGCUGCAAUACGGAGGCCGGAAUAAAACAGUAGCCACACCCAACCAGGGUGUCUGGGACAUGCGAGGAAAGCAGUUUUAUGCUGGCAUUGAAAUUAAAGUUUGGGCAGUUGCUUGUUUUGCGCCUCAGAAACAAUGUAGGGAAGAUUUACUAAAGAGUUUUACAGAUCAACUGCGUAAAAUCUCUAAGGAUGCAGGAAUGCCCAUCCAGGGUCAGCCGUGUUUCUGCAAGUAUGCGCAAGGUGCAGACAGUGUGGAGCCCAUGUUCAAACAUCUAAAAAUGACAUAUGUGGGCCUACAGCUAAUAGUGGUUAUCUUACCUGGAAAGACACCAGUAUAUGCGGAGGUGAAACGUGUGGGAGACACCCUUCUAGGUAUGGCCACCCAGUGUGUCCAGGUAAAGAAUGUGGUAAAGACUUCACCCCAAACCCUCUCCAACCUUUGCCUGAAGAUAAAUGCGAAGCUCGGAGGGAUUAACAAUGUGCUUGUCCCUCAUCAGAGGCCCUCCGUGUUCCAGCAGCCUGUCAUCUUCCUGGGUGCAGAUGUCACACACCCCCCAGCUGGGGAUGGGAAGAAGCCCUCCAUUGCCGCCGUGGUGGGCAGUAUGGAUGGCCACCCCAGCCGGUACUGUGCCACCGUGCGUGUGCAGACUUCCCGCCAGGAGAUUUCCCAGGAGCUCCUCUACAGUCAGGAGGUCAUCCAGGACCUUACUAACAUGGUUCGAGAGCUGCUGAUCCAGUUCUACAAAUCUACACGCUUCAAACCCACUCGGAUCAUCUAUUAUCGUGGCGGGGUAUCAGAAGGACAGAUGAAACAGGUAGCUUGGCCAGAACUAAUAGCAAUUCGAAAGGCAUGUAUUAGCUUGGAAGAAGAUUAUCGACCAGGAAUAACGUAUAUUGUGGUGCAAAAAAGGCAUCACACACGGCUCUUCUGCGCAGAUAAAACAGAAAGGGUGGGGAAAAGUGGCAACGUACCAGCAGGCACUACCGUGGAUAGCACCAUCACUCAUCCAUCUGAGUUUGACUUUUACCUCUGUAGUCACGCAGGAAUUCAGGGAACCAGCCGUCCUUCGCACUAUCAGGUCUUGUGGGAUGACAACUGCUUCACGGCAGAUGAGCUGCAGCUCCUGACCUACCAGCUGUGCCACACCUAUGUGAGGUGCACGCGCUCAGUCUCUAUUCCAGCCCCUGCAUAUUACGCCCGGCUUGUAGCUUUUAGGGCCAGGUAUCAUCUGGUGGAUAAAGAUCACGACAGUGCGGAAGGCAGUCACGUGUCAGGACAGAGCAAUGGCCGGGAUCCUCAGGCCUUGGCUAAGGCUGUGCAGAUCCAUCACGAUACCCAACACACGAUGUAUUUUGCCUGAGAGUCUCAGAAAAAAGAACCCGUUUGGCACCUCAUGCAGCCUCAAAAUGUUUCAAAUGCCUACCACCUCUAGAGAGAGCCAAGUUGAUCGCAGGUGGUCUUCUACCAGCAGCUCGGAAUAGUUGCACUGAAUCUCUACUUUCUUUGCAGCACUAUCUGAUGCAUCAACAGAAUUGAGCCAUUUUUUUUAAAGUAAUAGAUACUCAUAGAUUGUCUUUCCUGAUGCACUGGAUGGAAUUUUUACCUCAAUGUGCAAAGGCUGAUGAGCCUGAACUUUUUAAAGGACUUUACAAGAAAGGAUUCUAUGGAAUAUUUUGCUAGCUGUGGUGUUCACCACAUCCCCGCAUCCCUCUAGUCUUACAGGAGAAGAUUGUCCCUUUUUUUCUGUUUUCAUCAAGUGGAGUAUAUAUGGAUGAGAAAAACCAAACAAUCUACUUCAGUUGAGUGUAACUAUUUACUUGUGUAUGUUCAUAGACUUUUUAAUGGAGAUUCCUGACUUCGCCACUGUAAAUGCCUUUAAUGAGCAUUACUUUUUGAAAGAUUUACAAAGUUUUAUUAGUUGUACUACUUUAUAUGAUUGAUCUCUGCAGACUUGUGCUGGUGCAAGUACAGGCUGCCAGGCAAUUUGCACUAUAUUUGGCUUCAGAUUCAGCAGGCAGUUAUCUUAUUGGAUUGACUUUUGUGAAUGUGUGACAUAAACAGAUAUAAUGCACGUCACAGUAACAGAUAACACUGCCAUGGUCCAAGUACUCAUGUUUCUCCCUAUUUGGAAAAGAAAAUAGUUUUUAGUAUUUUUCCAAGUUUUCAAAAGUGCCCAUUCUAUGCUGCUGUGUGGUUUGUUAGAUCUAAAUGAUUUUUAAACUUUUCUCAUAGAAAGUUAACUUUGGCAAUAAACAUUUUUUAAGAUCCCUCCUCUUCUGUCCCCUGACAAUGUAGUUUUCUAGAUGAGAUUUCAGUAUGAUUUUUAUUAGCUAUUUCUUAUAUAUCAUAAUCUGGCAACUUCUGACACUGGUCAGAAAAGACAUAUAUUUCCAUGCCUUUUUAAAGAAUUGUUUUUACCUCUUUUAUAGUCACAGUUGGUGUCCUGUCACUUUAUUUUAAAAUAAGCUAGAACCAGGAUGCUUCCUUAUUGGAUAGGCUUUGCCAGUCCUUAAGGUACCUUGAGUGAUGCUGCAACUCGCAAAAACGUACCAGCAUUUAGACUUUUUUUUUUUCCUGAGAAUCAAGGUUACUCACACAAUUACUUGCUUCUCUUUCAAACUGAAAUGUACUUGGUAGGUUUUCCUUCCUUUUAUUAUACUAAAUCUGUGUAGAAAAUAUUGAUUUUUCUUCAUAGAUUCUGGAUUCCGCUCACAGGGAGAUGGGAUUCGUUUCUUGUUGAACAAAGGGAGCUGAUCUAAAGCAAGCACCAGUUAAAACAUAGGGGAAAUUGUAUUCUGUAUUUAGUGUAGAUAAUAUUUUGUGAAUGGACAACAGCUACAUAUACCCUUGGCAGUUCCAGCCGGUGUUUCCCAGCCCAAAUUUUACUGACUUGGAAUUCUGUUAUCCUGGAACAUCAGGAAUGAGAAAUGGAAAGGCGGAUAAAAGGCCCCAGAGCCACACUCCAUAUAGCUGAGGAACGUGCUGGGGGAAGAGAGACACAGUGUGGUGAGAACAGUUUUCUGCCUCUGGUUGGAAGCCGCUGGUGGGGAAACACUGGAGCCGAUGGCAAAGGGUGUUUGCUUGAACUCAUGGGUCAGUCCAAAUCUCUUAAUCUAGCCUUCUCAAAAUCCCAGCAAUAUAAAGCACUGUUUUUCAUCAGUGGUGGAAACAAGCCUGUAAAUACAUUCAAGUUUACAAUUCCGCGUGCUAUUGCUCAGCAGCAGCGCCGACACUUGCUGAGCCCGGUCUCCAAGUUUUGUAAUGUGUAUUGAGCCCUAGCUCAUUGUGGUGAUGCAGAUGUCCUUGAUCUGAAGGUGAUGAGAAGAAAGCAAGUUCUGUGACUGAAGCACAACAUAGGCAGGAGUGAAGAGAUGGCAGAUGUUCGUUUCGUAAGAUUUUCCUUUUUUGCAAAUACCUCACUUGGAUAAUACAAAUCAGGACAUGUUGGUGAGGGGCUGGCUGCUGCUUUUAUUCACACUUGUUCAGGGAGAGCACAGAAAAUACCCUUCAGCAUGGCCACUCUGGACCCAAGAAGAGGAAAAGCGGAAGCUUUUGUAGAAGGAGGACUCAAUGGAGUGAAGAACUCUUGGUGGCUUCCUGGCUGGCCAGCAGGCACCUGCCCUGCACGGUAGUGCCUCUGGCUUGCUCGCUAAUAACGCACAGAAGUGUCACUUCUCACCAUCUCCUGGCAUGCACGGAACAGGGAGCAAGGCGGAGUGCAGGGAAGCCCAAACUACUUGCCUCCAUCUGGGCUCUACGCUUGACCUUGAUCUACAUAGUCUGUAAGACCUCAGUCAGUCCUUGGACUCUGGGGCAAAUCAGUGCAGUGGUGGAGGAAAAGCCAGGAGGCCUAUUUUUAUAGGAAAACAAUACCAUUAAGGGUGCAAUGUUGUCAUUUUGGACAAAAGGAAAGAAAAUGAUGAAGUAGGAUUAUUGGAAAAACUUGUUGAGGGGUGAAUCUUUAAAAGGUGAUCUCUGCAGAGUCAGAGUUGUGGCAAUACUUUUGCAAGCAAGUCUGAAUGCACAGUUUUAAUUGAAUUCGGCUCGACUAUUCAAAUAGGUAACCCCCUCAGGACUGAUUGAAUCGUUAUGCAUGUGUCAAUCAAUGGGAGGUGUGCAUUCUCUACAAGUAGUGUUAGGCUGUUGGGUUUUCUAAAUUGCAGCCUGUUUAGGCACUGUCAUGUGGUGUGAAAGAUUUAAAUGUAGCAACGCUAAUGAGUAACAAUUUAGGGAUAAGGAGCAGGGACAUUAAGAGAGUGGUGAAAAUUCAAAUGGUGAACCCAUGGUUUUGUUGUUGUGAGCCAUUGAAUCCUGAGCGAUUUAGACAGUGAGCUAGCUGGUAUAAUGUAGCCAGCAUUCUGGGCGGGCAGAACAUAUUCAUUCUUACUGUAAAUUCUAUUUGCUGCUUCCAAAGGUGAUGAUUUACAAGCAGACAUGUUCUAUACGGUCUGCAUUUUAGGAUCUGGUGCCCAGCCUAUAUCAGAGCUUAACCUACCUGGCUCAGAUACCUCUGCUUCCCAAGGGAAAAGUUAAUCUACUGGUAGAAUAAGGUUCACCCUCUCUACCCCACCCAAGCGACUCUUUGUGGAUGUGCUGUUAAGAUUUUCUUGCUCAAUAGCAAGGUGGUAGCUCUACUUUCAUUUUAAGAAAGUGGAGGCUGAGGGCAUUGUAUCAAAACUGUUUCAACUCCAAGAAUUUUUCCUUGUCAAAUUAAAGGAAAGAUCUUGUUAUUGAUGAACAUUUUCUUAUCCCUUGCUAUUGACAUAUUCAUGCUCUUUCUAUGUCUAGUGGCUGACAAUGUUUGCGUUUGUUCAUUUGAAUAAUGGUGUGAUUUCUGUUUCUAUAUUGUUAGAUUUGUAAUGUUUUAAAUUUAUUCAAUUUGGACUGGAUGUAUGUCUCUAGCAAUACGAGGUACUUUCUAAGCUAUUAAGGGAGGGGCUAUAUCCCCAUAUUGAGAAAAGAUAAUGGUUGUUUAAAUUUUGCAUUUUUUUUGGGCCUGCAGGGAUAUUUUGUGUUCAUGUGUCCAAAAAUAAAAUAAAAAUAAGACAA